GGGCGCGGGGGCGGGCUCCCGCCGUGCGCGGCCCCGCCCUCCCCGUCGGCCGCCCCCCGGUGCGGCGGGCGCGCUGCGGGCAGCCAGGGCGGCGCUGGCGGGGCGCCCCCGCCAUGUCGGUCAACAUGGAGGAGCUGCGGCACCAGGUGAUGAUCAACCAGUUCGUGCUGGCGGCCGGUUGCGCCGCCGACCAGGCCAAGCAGCUGCUGCAGGCGGCCCACUGGCAGUUCGAGACGGCCCUGAGCGCCUUCUUCCAGGAGACCAACAUUCCCAGCAGCCACCACCCCCCCCAGAUGAUGUGCACCCCCAGCAACACGCCGGCCACGCCACCCAACUUCCCGGACGCUCUGGCCAUGUUCUCCAAGCUGCGGACCUCCGAGAGCCUGCAGAGCAGCAACAGCCCCAUCACCUCCAUGGCCUGCUCCCCCCCGGGGAGCUUCAGCCCCUUCUGGGCCUCCUCGCCCCCCAGCCACCAGCCCGCCUGGCUGCCGCCCUCCUCGCCCACCGCCCACGGCCUCCACCACCACCUGCACCACCCGCAGCCCACCUGGCCCCCCGCCCCACCGCCCGCCGCCCCCCCACAGAAAGCCGUGGCCACCAUGGACGGCCAGAGAUAAGACUGGGUUGGUGGAAGAGGGGGAAUUGGGGGGGGGUCUGGGCCAGGGCGUUGGGAGCGGGGGCUCCCUGAGAAACGCACUGGGAUCAUUUUCUAGGCUUUAUUAUUAUUUUUCUGGGGGGGUGUGAACAUGCUGCCGGGGAGGGCACCAGCCCACAAGAGUUGCUAGCUGGUCUUUUCUCCCCCCAUUUUUUUUUUAAUAUAUAACUAUAAUAUAUAAAUAUAUCUAAUGUAUAUAAAUCCAGAGAGAAGGAGCAGCAACAUGGAGGAGGCAGCCAGGUGUGUGUGUGGGGUCCCUACAAUCCCCCUUCCCCCCCACAUCACAGGAGAGGGAAGUGGAGGGGGGGGGGGAAUAACAAAAAUUAGAAGCAUGGAGGCAGCUGCCGGCACCCCAGGCCACGGCCACGGGGGCACAGAGCCGCUGGGCCACCUCCCACAGGCUCUGGCUUUCUAUGACAUGGCAGCGCCCAGAGCAAAGCACGCCUCUCCUCUGGCUUCCAAAAUUCAGCCCAGCUUCUUGCACAGACCCCCCCCCAGGCCCCCCUUUCACCCCAGCCUCUUUCCCUCAGCACCCCUCUGGGGCCAGGGGAAGUGGAAUGGGGGGCUGUGAUUUAUCAAGGCGAUGCCCCCGUGUCCCUGUGGUCACCGUUCACAGCCCUUCCCUGGGGAGGGCAGGGGGGAGCUGGGGUUUUUUUUUAGUUUUCAAAUCAAUCUUGCUUAAAAAACAAACAAACAAAAAACCAAAAAGAAAAAAAAAAAGAAAAAACAGGUUGAAGGUUUUUUAUUAAUUUAAAAAUAAUAAAAAAAAAAAUCACUUUUUUAACA